AUGAGCUUGCAAGGAAGUAAAUCCUUAUCUACUGUACAUUCUAAAUCACCUUUAGACGGUAUCUUGAUCAAGAACUUACUCUUAAGCCAUGAUCCCGAUGGCCGUCAUCUUGAUUCGGACCAUCUGCUUCAAGCGAUGGAGAACAUCGUGCUUUAUGCUACUAUGUCAGAAGUUCCAGAUCCACAUUUUGAUACCGAUGCAGAAAGGGAAAUAACUGGGAUCGAAAUAAUUGGAUUAGAAGAACCAUACGCGCACAUUGUCCAGAAGAUAUCGAACGAGAUAAUAUGCAAGUUCUCUACGGAAGGAAUUCUUCACGAGAGGACUAUGUUGUUGUUCGAUUUGCUAGGAAACUACAGAUGGGAUGACAAAGCAGUUUUAGCUCUUGCAGCCUUUGCAACGAGCUAUGGUGAAUUCUGGCUCCUAAUGCAGUUAUACCCUCGAAACCCCGUGGCAGUAGCGGUCGUGAUGCUUAAGCAGUUGCCGAGUGAUCUGAGCACCUUCAAGCGGCAGUUUAAGGCCCUGAGCUUGCUGAUGAAGACAGUGAUAGACUUAACCAAGUGUGUCGUCAAGUUUGAAAGCUUGCCUCUUUCACAUGUUAAGUUGGACAUUGGAGCCAAAUCCAUAAAAGAGCUUCAUCUUUACUCAGCUGUUUACUGGAUCAUCAGAAGUAUCUUGACAUGCUGUUCUCAAAUCAGAGAUUUCAGAGAACUGAAACCUGAGCAAUACUCAGAUUCGGCAACAAUCGCAACAUGGGAGCUCUCAAGUUUGGUCCGUCGGCUAAAGGGCAUGUGCAGUCAAUUCAAGGGCCAUGUGGAAGAAUUCAGUCAAGAAACAGAGAAAAGGCUCGAUCAAGAGCUGCUGAAUAUCUUUAAGGAGGCCCAUAAUGAUAACCAACAAGUUCUUCGGAUGUUAUUUGCCUCCACAGAUGACUUUCCACUCAUUGACUGCUCCUCCCAAACAAAGAUUGGUUUGACAGAACUGAAAAACAAGGUGGUCAUACUUUUGAUUUCAAAGCCAGGAUUUCUCUCCACAGAGGAGUCACUUUUUCUGGUUCAGCAAACAUAUGAUCAUCCUGAUCACAACCAAAACCUAGAGGGAAUUAGCUAUGAAAUUGUGUGGAUUCCCAUAUCAGUCUCUGAUUCUUGGACCGACGCCGAAAAGAGAAGUUUCCGACGUAUCUCACAUUCUUUGCCUUGGUGUUUAAUAAAGCAUCCAUGGUCACUUCACUUGCAAGCAGUGAAGUUUAUCAGAAAAGAAUGGAAGUACGCAGACAACCGAAUUAUGGUUGUGCUUGAUUCACAAGGAAACGUCUCAAACAAAAAUGCAAUGGACAUGGUGUUUGUAUGGGGUCCCAGAGCAUACCCUUUUUCGGAUUCAAGAGAACAAGAACUUUGGCUAGAGCAAUGGACGCUUCAACUUCUAGUGGAUGACAUUGAUCCCUUGCUUACUAAGCGGGUACAAGAAGACAGAUAUCUCUGCAUUUACGGAAGCAACAACAAGGAUUGGAUUCUAAAACUGAAUUCCAAGAUGAAGGAGAUAACCGAAAACACGGGUGUGAAGCUCGAGAUGGUCUACGUUGGCAAGAGGAAACCAAGAGAACAUGUAGUGAAGAACAUUUUACACACACUUGAAGAUGGAAAACAUCUUCUAAGCCUUUUGUCUCAAAUUAAACUAAUGCAAUUCUUCUGGCUUCGAAUGGAGAGCAUAAUAAGAUUGAAACUCCGACAAGGCGACACCGCGGCAACUAAUAAUAGCCUUCUUCUACAAGAGGUGUCCUAUGUGAUAGACAUGGAUGAAAACGACCAGGAUUGGGCGUUGAUAGGGAGAGGAUCUUCAAAGACCAUUGUUGGAGUUGAAGGAAUGAAGCUCAUGGAGUGUCUAAAUGACUUUGAGGCGUGGAAAGAAAAUGUGGGGAAGUUGGGAUUUUUGGUUGCCAUUAAAACUGCCCUUGAGCCCCCACUUCUUGAUGAGCCUUGUGGCCACUCUGAACUGGUUUCCGAAGAGUAUGGAAAGCGAAGAGAAGACAUGGAAGUUUGUGUGAUAUGUAGACGUCCAAUGGAGAAGUUUGUAGUCUAUAAAUAAACCAAGUGUGGCCGAGGCAUCAGCCUAAGCUUAGGCUGCCCUAUAUGCUGCCGGAGAACAACUUUAGUUUUGCCAAUCUAAACUUGGGAUUAAAGUGAGAGAAACUUAAGAACGACUUUUUUUUUUCUUUUUCUUUUUCUUUAACAUAAGGAGUUAUGUUUAUUGACAGA